UCUACAUCUUCCGCUCUUCCUUCGCUCUCUUCUUCUUCUUCUUCUUCUUCAUUCAUUCGUUCAACAAGAGAGUCGCCGGAGAGCGCCGCAUCCGGCCGUCCAGAUCGCCGGCGAUCGCAGGCUAACGAGCGAUUCUGGCUAUUUCGAUUCCGGUCUGUGUGGGCAGAUCGACAGUAUUGAUCGACGGGCGAUGGACCAGGAAGCUGCCCGGACCGCCCGGGAAUCCCUGGAUCUCGCGUUCCGCAUGUCCAACAUUCUCGACACCGGGCUCGACCGCCACACCCUCUCCGUCCUCAUCGCCCUCUGCGACCUGGGCGUGAACCCUGAGGCGCUCGCGGCCGUCGUCAGGGAGCUCCAUAGGGAGCCUUCUUCAUCCGUCACGAUGCCGAGUCCGCUUCAGACUCAAAAUCAGUGACAAAAUGCAGGUCUUGGAUUGCAGUGACAGUGUGACUGAAGAUUGGGUAAUGCAGUGCUCUUUUUUUCAGGGGCAGAUUAGUUGUUCCUGGACAAAUCCUAGCUUCCUAUGUGCAAAUAAAGAUUUCUGGUCCUCUGUUUCUCUGUUUGAAGAGAUUCUCCAUCUUGAAGAUGUUACCUAGUGGGUUGGCG